UCUCAGGGGGGCGGCCGGGGGCGCGCAGUCCGCCUCGGUACGCGUACGCGGCACACGGGAGCUCCAUUUCCCGUCAGAUCGAGGUAGUUCGGCAAAAGUGCGGCCCGUCCAAUCACAGAGAGAGUCACUAAUAUGCAAAUGCGCUGUUAUCGCCGUCACGUCAGCAGCGCCAGAGCCGCUGCGCCGUGGUCGCCAGCAGGAGUACAACUAACAACACGGCUCCAACUUCGCCCGACAGCACUCUGCCUACGCGGACGCCCGGAGUCGCGCUUUUUCGAGGGUUACUUCCAGGAAAACAACACAAUGGAGAUGCUCUAACUGUGACCGCUCACUCGCUGGGGCCAUCUUGGAUCCAGAGGUGCUCCCAAGGGAUCCCAUCCCCCUCGGAUUUCCGCAAUGGACUUUUUUGACGACCCCACCCUCUUUGUGGGGGGUUUGGAAGAGCUGGAUGAAGAUGGUUUCCAUGCGGCACCAUCGCUUGUGGACGAGCUCAACCUCAGUGCCGGGUUUGAACCCCUGCAAGUAGAGGCGCUUGGCCCGGGGAAGCAUCAAGAGAUGAUGCCACCUGUCUCGUCCCAACAAGCUGUGCCCGGUUACACUCAGCCGAUGGGUCAUUAUACGGCUGUUAAGGCACAGAAUACUCUGGGGCAGGUAUUUUCUAGCUCUCGGAGCACAGGUUGCGACGUGGGUCCUGAGCAACAUGGCCAGUACCACAAUGCCACCAUUAGCCAAGUACCUCAACCUAAUGGGCUGUUCUGUAGUACUGGAAGCCCAAUGUGGAGCAACCAAGACCAAAAUGGGAAUGUGUUUCACCAUGUAUCUCAACCACAACAACAACAACAACAACAGACACUUUGUCAUCAGUACCUGCACAACCAGCCACUUCAUGGCAGACAAAGUACUCAACAGCAGCACCAUUCAGGUCAUCAGCAAGUGGAGCAGCAGCAGAGAAUCCAACAGCUACAACGACAGCACAGUCAUCAGCAACAGCUUCUAAACCAGCACCAACAAAUGACCACAGCAAGCGUUUGCCUGCAGCAGCAGCAGCAACAGCAGCAUCACGCUUUCCCCUUCCACCAGGGAGCUCAGGCCAGCAGCCAGCAACAGGUACUCCAUUCUCAGCAUCAACUUCCUGUAAGAGACUCCCAGUUUCAUUCCAGGACUCUUCCAGUCCAGCCUUAUUUGGAACGUCAGAAUCCGUCUCUGAGCGGGACAUGCUUGCAAACACGUCAGCAGCAGGGAAGCUACCAGUUGGUCAGGGGAGGUCCGGCCUUCUCGGGAUCAGGACUCGAAGACUCCCACCUGUCAUUCCCCAUACAUUCUUCGUCUGCAGUUCACUCCUUGCCUACGUGCUCUGUCAGUUCAGCUCAUGCCUACCAAGCGGCCGAGUUCCCUGCCUACCCCGGAGAGCCAGAAAUACCCAGUCUUAGUCAGCAGUCUUCAUGUAGGCCCAUCACUACUGCGCCGGUUACUACUACAGUGCCUAGGCUGCCUGAGACGGCAUGCCAGUUCCAGUCUGCAGCGCACGUGGGUCAGCUGCAGUCUGGGACAACAGUUAGCCAGGCAGACGAGUGUCCCUUCAGAGCCCUGCGCUGCUCCGGAGAAACCCAGGGAGUCUGCAAGUCGUCGGAGAUGUUCGGCGAGUCGGCGAGUUGUUAUCCAAGCAUGACAAACCACCUGCCCUCUGAGCAGCAUAUGAGCUGCGGGGUUAUUAACACUAACGGGUACCAAGCGUUUGGAGGCACUAUCCUGCCAUCCGAGGCCCAGGACGGAGACUUGGAAGGCCUGGAUCCUCCUGACCUCUUGCCUGACCUACUCCCCCAGCUGGAGGACGCUCUCAGGCAACAGGAUGAAUCCAGCUGUUCUUGGGUUGAUUCCAAUCAGAAGAAGGGGCAUGAAAACAGGAAGCCAACAGCUGCAGAAUGCAAGGAUGAGAAGCCUCGGAAAAACCCCAAUGGUUCCAGUAGCCAGGUGCCGGUCCUCAGUCCCGCAGUGAAGAGCAGCUCUUCAUCCUCCUCUUCGUCUUCUUCCUCGUCGUCCUCGUCGUCCAGCUCCUCGUCGGAGAAGAGGGUGCCACGGAGGACGCAUCAUCAGAUGGAGUCGACGCUGCACGAGAAGCAGGAGAAGGCCAAUAGGAUAAUAUCGGAAGCUAUCGCCAAGGCGCGGCAGAGAGGAGAGAAGAACAUCCCUCGCGUUAUGAGCCCGGAGAGCUUCCCCAGCUCUUCCGGUCAACACAAGAGCCACCGCGAGCGCGAGCACAGAGGAAACGGCAAGGCCCGGACCAAGGAGAAGGCCUCCAGGAAGGCCUGCAUUGUUCCCUCGUCAAAGCCCAAGCAAAAGACCAAGAUUGGGAAAAUAGUCAUCAAGAUUGGAAAAAGGAAAAAGCGAAAGCCCGAGUCUUCAGAGGAGGAGUCUGACGAUGACCCCCCACCUCGCCACUCUUCUAAGGAUGACGACUCGAAGAGGCGGUCGAAUCGCCAGGUGAAGCGGAAGAAGUACGCCGAAGAGCUGGAAGCCAGGUUGUCGGACGAUGAUGUCAAAGUCAUUGUGAAAGCCAAGAAAGCCAACACUGCUGCAUCCAAGGAGCCUUCUGUUCAGCUGUUUGUUGAGAAUCCUACAGAGGAGGAUGCUGCUGUUGUUGACAAAAUCAUGUCUUCUCGUAUCGUGAAGAAGGAGGUGUCUCCGGGGGUGAUGGUUGAAGUGGAAGAGUUUUUUGUAAAAUACAAAAACUACUCCUACCUUCACUGUGAAUGGGCCACAGAGCAGCAGCUGGAAAAGGACAAGAGGAUUCAGCAGAAGAUCAAACGCUUCAAGAUGAAACAAGCACAGAGGGCGCUCUUCUUGACAGACAUGGAUGAGGAGCCUUUCAACCCUGACUACGUCGAAGUCGACAGAGUGCUGGAGGUAUCUUAUUGCGAGGACAAAGACACAGGCGAGGAAGUGGUGUACUACCUGGUGAAGUGGUGCUCUCUGCCUUACGAGGACAGCACGUGGGAGCUGAAGGACGACGUCGAUCAGAGCAAGAUUGAAGAGUUUGAGCGGCUGCAGGCAGUCAAGCCAGACUCACGCAGAGCGGAGCGGCCUCCAGCCAACCUUUGGAAGAAGAGGGAGCAGUCGAGGCAAUACAGGAAUGGCAACACUCUCAGGGACUACCAGCUGGAAGGGGUCAACUGGCUCCUUUUCAACUGGUACAACAGGCGCAACUGCAUCUUGGCUGACGAGAUGGGCCUGGGAAAGACCAUCCAGUCCAUCACGUUCCUGGAAGAGAUUCAUCGCAUUGGCAUCAAAGGGCCCUUUCUCAUCAUCGCCCCCCUUUCUACUAUCGCAAACUGGGAGCGAGAGUUUCACACGUGGACGCGCCUCAACGUCAUCGUUUACCACGGGAGCAUGAUCAGCAGGCAGAUGCUGCAGCAGUACGAGAUGUACUUCAGGGAUGCGCAGGGUCGGGUGAUACGAGGGGCCUACAAGUUCCAAGCUGUUAUCACCACGUUUGAGAUGAUCCUGGGAGGCUGUCCUGAGCUCAACGCCAUCGAGUGGCGAUGCGUGAUCAUUGACGAGGCCCACCGUCUAAAGAACAAGAACUGCAAGCUGCUGGAGGGCUUCAAACUCAUGAACCUGGAGCACAAAGUCCUGCUGACGGGUACUCCUCUGCAAAACACAGUGGAGGAGCUGUUUAGUCUCCUCCACUUCCUGGAGCCAGCACGCUUCCCCUCGGAGAACAACUUCAUGCAGGAGUUUGGUGACCUCAAGACAGAGGAGCAGGUGCAGAAACUUCAGGGCAUCCUGAAGCCCAUGAUGCUGCGUCGUUUGAAAGAAGACGUGGAGAAGAAGCUGGCGCCCAAAGAGGAAACCAUCAUUGAGGUUGAGCUCACCAACAUCCAGAAGAAAUACUACCGCGCCAUCCUUGAGAAGAACUUCUCCUUCUUGGCUAAAGGAGCCGGCCAGUCAAAUAUGCCCAACCUGGUCAAUACUAUGAUGGAAUUAAGAAAGUGUUGCAACCACCCCUACCUCAUCAAAGGGGCAGAAGAGAAGAUCCUAGAAGAUUUCAGGGAAGUACACAGUCCCACUGCCGCUGACUUUCACCUGCAGGCGAUGGUGCAGUCUGCUGGAAAGUUGGUCCUAAUUGAUAAACUGCUGCCCAAGAUGAAAGCAGGAGGUCACAAGGUGCUCAUCUUCUCCCAAAUGGUGCGCUGUCUGGAUAUCUUGGAAGACUACCUCAUUCAGAAAAGGUAUCUGUAUGAGCGUAUUGACGGCCGUGUUCGUGGGAACCUGCGACAGGCCGCCAUAGACCGCUUCAGCAAGCCCGACUCGGACCGCUUCGUUUUCCUCCUGUGUACGAGAGCCGGUGGCCUGGGCAUCAACCUCACCGCGGCAGAUACCUGCAUCAUCUUUGACUCUGACUGGAACCCUCAGAACGACCUGCAGGCUCAGGCUCGCUGUCAUCGAAUCGGUCAGAACAAGGCUGUGAAGGUGUAUCGUCUCAUCACCAGGAACUCGUAUGAGCGCGAAAUGUUCGACCGCGCCAGCCUCAAGCUGGGCCUGGACAAAGCGGUGCUGCAGAGCAUGAGCGGCCGCGAUAACAGCCUCGGCGGAGGCACGGGAGGAGGGGCGGCACAGCAGCAGUUAUCCAAGAAAGAAAUUGAGGAUCUGUUGCGACGUGGUGCCUAUGGAGCCAUCAUGGAUGAGGAGGACGAAGGGGCCAAGUUCUGCGAGGAGGAUAUUGACCAGAUCCUCCAGCGUCGGACAAAGACCAUCACGAUCGAGUCUGAGGGGCGAGGAUCCACUUUUGCUAAGGCCAGUUUUGUAGCAUCUGGGAACCGUACAGAUAUCUCUCUGGAUGACCCCAACUUCUGGGACAAGUGGGCCAAAAAAGCAGACAUUGAUAUGGAUACGGUCAACGGCAGAAACAGCUUGGUGAUCGACACUCCUCGUGUGAGAAAGCAGACGAGACCGUUCAGCGCCACCAAAGACGAGUUGGCCGAGCUGUCAGAGGGGGAGAGUGACGGCGACGAGACCAAGCCCAAGCUGAGAAGAAACGAACGGCUCAACAGUUACGGCCGCACAGAGUGCUUCAGGGUGGAGAAGAAUCUGCUGGUGUAUGGAUGGGGUCGUUGGAAAGAUAUCCUCAACCAUGGUCGUUUUAAGAAGCAGUUGACCGAGUGGGACGUGGAGUCCAUCUGCAGAGCCCUGCUGGCCUACUGCCUGGUCCAUUAUCGUGGCGAUGACAAAAUAAAGAGCUUCAUGUGGGACCUCAUAGCCCCGACCGAAGACGGGCGCACCAAGGAGCUUCAGAAUCACCUCGGCUUGUCGGUGCCGGUGCCCCGGGGCAGAAAAGGGAAGAAGAUGAAGACCCAGACGAGCUCUUUUGACAUCCAUAAGGCCGAGUGGCUCAGGAAACACAACCCCGAGCACAUGCUGCAGGACGACGGCUACAAGAAGCACCUGAAGCACCACUGCAACAAGGUGCUGCUCCGGGUCAGAAUGCUCUACUAUCUGAAACAGGAGGUGAUAGGAAGUCAGGCCCAGAAUGUGCUAGACGGCGUGGACUCCAGUGAGGUGAAGAUCUGGGUGCCUGACCCGGACCACUCGGAGCUGCCAGCCCUUUGGUGGGACGCGGUCGCCGAUAAGUGUCUGCUGCUUGGUGUCUUCAAACAUGGGUACGAGAAGUACAACACUAUUCGUGCAGACCCCACUCUGUGCUUCUUAGACCGCGUCGGGCGGCCGGAUGAGAAGGCCAUCGCCGCAGAGCAGAGAGGCAAUGAUUUCCUGGAUGGGGAUGUGGAUGAUCCAGAGUACAAGCCUGCUCCAGCCCUUCUGAAAGAUGAAAUGGAGGAUGACGCCUCUUCCCCUGGAGAUUUGGUUGUCUCUGACAAUGCUGGAGAUGCCCCUCCGGUGACGGAAGGCCAGGCUACCUACUGGCCCUCCCCCUCGGUGCUGACAGCCAGACUGAGGCGACUGAUCACAGCCUCGCAGCGCUACACCAAGAGCCGGCAGAUCCUACACAUCCACCAGACUCAGUCCACGUCUCAGUCCCAGCAGGCCAUGAUGCUCUCCCCCCCAGUCUGCCCGCUGCCCCCCGCGCUGAAGGACACGCUUAACCCCAAGAUGGCUGCCAAGAUCGAACGCCAACAAAGAUGGACCAGGCGAGAAGAGGCAGACUUUUACCGGGUCGUCUCCACUUUCGGGGUCGUUUUUGACCCGAACCUCGGCCGCUUUGACUGGACCAAGUUCAGGGCCAUGGCUCGGCUGCACAAGAAAACGGACGAGAGCCUUCAGAAAUACCUCUGCGCCUUCGCCGCCAUGUGCAGGAGGGUGUGUCGCCUUCCACCCAAAGACGGAGACUCUGCGGUGGAUCCUUCCCUGACCAUCCAGCCAAUCACAGAGGAGCGAGCGUCGCGUACCCUGUACAGAGUGGAGUUGCUUCGCCAGGUCCGGGAACAAGUCCUCAGACACCCGCUGCUGUACGAGCGCCUGUCUCUGUGCCAGAUGAGCUCCGAUCUACCCGUCUGGUGGGAGGCUGGAACCCACGACCGCGACCUGCUGAUCGGCGCCGCCAAGCACGGCGUCAGCCGGACGGAUUACCACAUCCUGAGAGACCCCGAUCUCUGCUUCAUGGCAGCCCAGCGCAACUACAGCCAGGCGAAAGCUGCACAGCAGCAGCAGCAACGCACAACGACGCCGCUGCUGCACCCUCAGUACCAGGCUGCCAGCUCGCUACCGACAGGCUCCCCGCUGCCCCCGUCCGUCCAGAGAGACGCGGAUCCCUGUGGGGUCGUGCCCAAGGCGGAGCCCCCCUCAGAGGAAGAGGAGGGUAAAGAAAGGCAGGGAGGGAGCUGGAGCCCCCCUCAGCCGCCAGCGACUCCCACCGGCCUGGAGGAGAAGCCCGCGUCAGCGCCGAAGGUCAGCGAGAAGCAGAUGGUGGCGGCGCGGACCAAGCCGCUCACGCCCAACUCCACAGAAAGGAAACCCAAGAAGGCGAGCAAGAGGGGCCGCAGGGAGGCCCGGCGAGGCUCCGACUCCGACUCAGACGGCUCCUCCUCAAGUUCGUCGUCUCGCUCUUCGUCGUCUUCUUCAUCUUCCUCUUCUUCCUCCUCACAUUCCGGGUCCAGCUCUUCCUCCUCCUCCUCGUCUUGCUCCUCCGGCUCUUCGUCGUCUUCGUCGUCCUCCUCCUCAUCUGACGACAGUGAAAGUGAGGGAGAGGAAGCAAAGAAGAAAGUGCCUGUAACAGCGAGUGUUAAGGGUUUCGACGAGGACAGCGUGGCCUCCCUGAGCACCACCCAGGACGAAAUGCAGGACCCACACGUGUCUGAGAACGGCGUCGCAAACAACUCCUCCCACGCUUUCCCGGGAGGAGGCUACAUGCUGGCUGCGUCGUACUGGCCCAAGGACCGUGUGAUAAUCAACCGCCUGGACAGCAUCUGUCAGGCCGUGCUCAAGGGCAAGUGGCCCGGCCACCGUCGGGUCUACGAGCCCGGCAGCACGGUCGCCUCCUUCUACACCACCAAGCUGCUGGACAACGCCAACAUCCUUUGCGAGGACCCCUCUGCCUCUCCACAGGGGUCAAAGGUGACCAAGCAUGUUGCAGAAAACAAGGAGUUCUCAGUAAAGCUCAAUGAUGAAGGAGGCCUGAAGCUGACCUUCCAGAAACAGGGCUUGCCUGUAAAGAGGCCCCUAGAGUCAGAGGAGGGCCCCCAGGCCCAGCAGCAGUAUCUGGCCCGGCUUUACGAGCUGCAGAGCGCCUCGGACACGGGCCUGGCUGACAUAACCAAGCCUCAAAGCAGUUUCCAGACUGUUUCCCCAGGUGUCAGUGGUCAGAUGAGGUUGAAUGGAGCGGUGGACGGCCAGCCCAUGAUUAAGAAGCGAAGGGGAAGAAGGAAGAAUGUGGAAGGAAUGGAGCUGCUCUUCAUGAACAGGAAUCAAUUACCUGCUAUUCCUGAUCCGGUGGCUCCAGGAUGGGGCGGAAUCGGCCAGGUCGGCAUCGCUGGAGCUUCUGCACCGAUGAACUCCAGUCAGAUCCCUGGAGACACGGACAUCAGGGUCCCCGUCAUCAACCUUAAAGACGGCACCCGGCUGGCAGGCGACGACGCUCCCAUGAGGAAAGACUUAGACCAGUGGCUAAGAGAGCACCCCGGCUUCGUGGCAGAUACAGGAGCUUUUAUUCCGGGAGUGAAUAAGAUGCAGAUGCAGUUCCACUUCCAGGACGGGCGACCCAAGCAGAAGCGGCACCGCUGUAGGAACCCCAACAAGAUCGACGUCAACAGUCUAACAGGGGAGGAAAGAGUCCAGAUCAUCAACAGGAAAAACGCUCGAAAGAUCGGUGGAGCCUUCGCUCCUCCUCUGAAGGAUCUGUGCCGGUUCCUUCAGGAAAAUCCAGAGUAUGGAGUCCCACCUGAAUGGGCCGACGUGGUUAAACAGUCGGGUUAUCUCCCAGAGAGCAUGUUUGACCGGAUCCUGACGGGACCCAUCGUUCCCGAGGAGGUAAGCCGACGAGGACGCCGACCGAAAAACCCGCUGGUGAAGGCCGCAGCGGCUGCAGCGGCGCCCAGCUCUGCAUCCUCCGCCCUGGGUUUGAACCCUCUGCUGGCCAACGGCAUCCUCUCUGGAAUGGACCUCGGCAGCCUGCAGGCCUUCCAGCAAAAUCUCCAAAGUUUACAGUCCCUGCAGCUCACCGCAGGCCUCAUGGGACUGCCGCCCGACGCCAGCAACCUGGCCGCAAGCAAUCUCGCCGCCAUGUUUCCCAUGAUGCUUUCCGGCAUGGCCGGAUUGCCGAACCUGUUGGGCAUGAGCAGCUUGCUCGGAAAGCCUACUCAGGAAGCCGCCGGAGGUUCUGAAGAGAAGACGAAAGGAAUGGACAGCGGCGGCACCGGCGAGCCGCCCGAUGCCGCCGCUCAUGCUUCAGAAACCAAAGGAGAAAGGACAGAGGGCUCGAACACGACUCCUUCCUCCACUUCCAGCUCCGCUUCCUCUGCCACCGUCACACAAAGUGCUUCAGCUGCCUCCGCAGCCACCAGUCAUCCACUUUCUCUUAACCCCUUGUUACUCUCCAGUAUGCUUUACCCAGGGAUGCUUCUCACUCCAGGCCUUAACCUUCCUGUGUCUGCCACACAGCCGCAGAGCUCCAACAGUGACCCUUCAAUCCUUCCGUCUGCAGCCGCCGCAGCUCCUCUUCCUUCUGCUCCUGCAGCCUCCCAGUCAUCGCUGGCUGAGACGGAGAAGCCAUCAGGAAAGGAUGAAGAGGAGGAGGAGGAGGAGGACGAUGCCCCUGAGGAGGCUUUGGAUGACGAGGAAGAGGACGACGAGGAAUCUGCAGAACCGAGAGAAAACAGUGGUCCUGAAUGUUCAGCAAAAGCCGAGUCAUCUUCAUCAGAGUCUGGGAGCUCCUCCUCAUCCUCCGAAGAUUCAGACUCAAGCGACGAGGACUGAAUCUAUGGACAGCAAAUUCAAAAUUUAUUUAUGUAUUGCCUAGAAAUGUAGACAUUUAUUCACAUAUAUAUGGAUUUUCCAGCACUUAUGUUGCGAUUUCUUUACGUGUAAAUACAAGAACUAACUACAUUGUGUAAAAAAUAAAAAAAAAAAGACUGUAAAAACCUUAAAAAACAGAAUUAAAGGAGCUGAAAUAAAUUGUCCAUGUCUGUUCACGAGGUACAGUCUUGUUUUGCGACAUUUUGCAUGUCAAACUUUGGUACUUUCUGAACUCUGUGAACUUGUACCACCCGUAUAUGUACAAUUGCAACAGAAAGAAAAAAAAAUAAGGCAUUAUUGUAAUUAUAGUAAUUAUGUCAGGAUUAAUUUUAUUAAAGCUAAAAACUACAUCGACUUGCUCGUUGAGCAGUACUAUUAAUAUAUUUUGAUUGUCGGGGCGGUUGACACUUUACAAACCCUUUGGUUCACUUGUAAAAAUAGCCAGUACACUUUGCAGGUUUGUUGACACUUUGGCUUUGCAGAUUGACGUUGGAUAAUGUCAGCAAUAACCUGGGCAGCUAAUGAAUGUCACUGAAGCUGUAGAUUCUCUCAUCUGCCAUGUCUCCACCUCCAGUUCACAACUCGUACAUCCUGUCCCCUCCCUUCUUCUUCUUCUUUUUUUUUAAUUUAGCUUCUAAAAAAAGGAUUGGAUAUUGAUUGAGGAAAUCUCUCAUUUUCACAAUUGGAAAUAAUUGGUCGACAGUGGAACGUGUUUUAUAUGCCCGCUGUUCAGAAUUGACGUAAAUAAAAUAAAAAAUCUCUUUCAAGGUGAAAUUUAGUACCUCAAAUAAAGCAUACAUUUUCAGUUAUGCAAUUGUUAGCUGACGUUAUCAAUUACUGACAGAAAUUAAAUUUCUGCUGUGUGCCAAAAACAAAAUAACAAAAAAAAAAAAAAAGAGCCCUCGGAUGCCCUGAAAGUGUUGUGUGGGUAUUAUUCCCUGGAUCCCGUUGUAUUUGACCGCUUCUUUACCUCAGCUUUGCUAAAAGGGUUGGCUUCACUGUGCAGAUGUACAUAUGCAUGUCUGUCUGAUUCUCCCCCGGCUGUGUGUGAAUGUGUCAGUGGCCAAUUCUCCCAUCUCUUCUGCGACUGCGUUAUGCCGUCUCUCCAUCUGCAGACCAGGGCUCUCCUGCUUCCACAACCUUUCCAGUCUGAACGUUUUGUGUUUAAGGAGCUUCACUGUUUUUUUUUUUUUUUUUCGACUUGUGAACACCAACCAUUACAAGUGUUCUUUACCUUCAAACAUGCCUCUUCAGAACUCCUGAAGGAAGCCUAAUGUGUUGCGUGACAGCCUGUGGUGUUAAAGAUACAAGUGCCGCGAGCACAACUUGGAUCAAUCCCGUUUUUUUUAAGACUGUAUUGAUUGUUCAUUCUAGUCGAGUAUUAAAGUCGGUGCCGGGUUGGGUUUGCUUCAGGAAGGGCUUAAUCAUUUCAAUUUGUGUUGCCGGGAGUCUGCGGCGUUGUCUCGUUUCGUCCUCCCGCGCCGUUCACAGAUCUGUUUUUGCUGACAAACUGAGCUUCAGCUAGAUGUAGAAGUGCCCUUAUCCUGCACCUCAUCCUCUCAUUGAGCCGCUCACUUGCCAACGCUCGUGCGUUUCCUUCAGCUUUUCCCCCGCGCGCGCGCGCACACACACACGUCCGUUUCGGAGCUGUAACCAGGUUACAUAGAAACACUGGACUACACUCGAGCCGAAGUACCUUUUUGUAAUCCUCUCUAGCACAACAGUGCUCGCUCUAGGACUGCUGUUACACCGUUGACUGUUAGAUAUUACAGGAGAAGGGGGCCCCCUGGAUAAACUGUCGUUCCUAAGUAUCUGUAGCACCUCUCUCUUUCUCUCUCUCCAGUGGGCUUAACAAUAAAAAAAAGAAAUAAAUUGCGAGGUCUGAACACAAAGACUGAAGACACAUCUGUUUUCUAAUGUUGCUUUAAAGUGGUUUUCUUGUAUGCCUGCUCUAUAUAGACCUCAUCAUGGUUUUUCCUUUCGAUCCGACUUGCAUUUCUUUUAAUGAUUACUAACAGUAUGGUAUUUUUCUAUGUCUGAGCAAAACGCACCACUGUCAUUUUGUAUAUCUUCACCACUGUUUUAACUGGUAGUGCCCUUAUGCAAACACCCAGCCGCUGCUCCGUCUGCUGUUCGCCACUGAUCCGGUUGAUCACUUGUUGCCCAAAUCCCUCCCCCCCCCCAGCGACGCCUCGGCGGAUGGAUUUGUUUGAUAGGGCUUGCUGUAACAGAAAUGGGAAAGCAAAAAGACUCAAAUUAGAAGUAUUUGCUUUCACGAUGUGGCUUGACGCAAGUAAACAGAGACCAAUAUGCAAGGGGAGCGAAAAAAAAAAAAAAAAAAAAAGAAACACUACUGCUGUAAAAAGAGGACACAAUGAGCAAACAUGGGUUUUGUAUUUUUAGUUCAAGCUUGAUGAGACCGUAAAAUGUCACCUUGGUCAGUUUGUCUUUAUUUUUUUUUUCUCUCAUUGGAAAGUUGUAAUUCUUGCAAGAUGUGCUCUGUGUAGUCGAUUUAAUUAAUUAUUGUAGUGCAGGAAAAUGCGUCUUAAAGUCAUUUGUAAUUUAUUGGAUUACUUUCUAUGAAGUUCUAUAGAGGAAAUUGAGGUUUAAUUAUUUUUAUUAAACAUAUUCUUCUGACUAUUCA